AAUCUUUAUUAAAUAGGUGGCUUACACUGCAGGGUUGUGCAAAGGUACCAACGGUCCAGGCAGGAGGCCACCACAUGGUCAUAUACAGGGGCGGACUGACAACUCAUGGGGCCCCUGGGCAAUAGGGGAUCAUGGGGCCCCUGUGUCCUUCCCACACUCAAAAAAGCCUAUAAAAAAGGUACCAGGGGCAUCUCAUGGUGCCCCCUAAUGACCCCGGUUCCUCGGACAGUGCCCGAGUGGCUAAAUGGUCAGUCCGCCCCUGGUUGUAUCUCACCAAUAUUGGCCCAACUGUAGCAGGAACCUGGAAAAUUCCAGAGCUCCAGACACCAUGAACAUGCUGCAAUUGCAGUACCAUUUGUAUUAAAGCGGAGCUCCACCAAA